AUGCUCCGAUCAGCUCUGCUGGUUCGCUGCGCUGCAGCUAGGCAGGGUCUAAUGCUCAGCAAGGGUCAGCUUAAAAACUUCUCGGCUACCUCAGUUGUAUCUGGAGGACAUAGUAAGGAGGAACAUCACCACCAUGGUCAGGGUUGGAGUUACAGAAACUGGGAUCCUGCUCCACCAGAGAGACACACCUAUGCUCUUAUAGUCUCUACCUUUGUUUGGUGGUGGAUAUUCCACGGAGUAUUUACCGAGCCAGAGCAUCUGUUCGGACACGAACCCUUCCCUGAUGUUACCAAAAUGACCGACGAAGAGCUUCAUAUUCCUCCUAUUCAGUAA